ACAAAUAAAUAUACAUGCGACUAGCGAGGCGAGCAACGACUACGACUGCGUAUACUCUUUGCUUUUAUAUCACAUCACAAAUGAUAUUAGUCUGACAGUGACAUUUCAUUCGCAACAGCACGGAGCACCCACUUAUCUAUUGUUGGAUAAAUUUUAUCUCUAAAAUAAUAUUUACAUUUCGAUUUAGUAGUGCUGAUUUCAAAAACAAACUUAAAACAGUUAACGGUACAAAAUUUGCAGUGUGUUUAUGCCAGUGCGUGUAUUAUUCCCUAAAUAAAUCAAAAAAAGACCCAUAUUUUUAAAAUAGUGUGAUUGUGAUUUAAAUAAAAAAUGACAACCGUUGAGGAAUUGGAUAAUUCUGAUUUCGAAAAUGAUGAUUUUGAAGACGCAUGCGACAUUCCAAAUGACAUUCCUGAAGAAAUUAACUUAACAGAAGCAAUUAUUGAAGCUCAAACUGCGAUACAAUAUUUUUUUAAUAAUCAGUUUAAUGAAGCUAAACAGAUUAUGCAGCCACGAGCAAAAGCAAGUAUUUAUCAUGCCGUUGGAAAUUGUGUUUUUGCAUUUUUGGAAGCAAUGCUUACAUUUGAGCAUGCUCAUAUUGUGGAAGCAAGUAACGCAUUAAAAUUAUGUUUGGCUGUGUGUAAUCGCCAUCGAAAGAAAUCAUCGUUAGCGCAAAAUAUAACAAAAAUGGUCAAGAAAACCGAUUAUGAUUCAUAUUCAGAACUUGAGGUUCACGCUGAAUUAUGUUACGCUGAAACACUAUUGCUAAAAGCGAUGUUAACCUUUGUGGAAGAUGAAACUUUAAGUAGCUUCAUUCGAGGUGGUCUUAAAAUUCGUUCGUGUUUUAACUCUUAUAAGGAAUGUAAAAUUAUUCUGGAUAACCGAGAAUGGAGUAAAUGUGAAACAAAGGAACACAUCGAAAGUGGAGUUUGUAUGGGAAUUGGAGCUUUUAAUCUAAUGAUAUCUAUGCUUCCAAGUCGUAUUAUCAAAUUAUUAGAAAUUAUUGGAUUUUCUGGAGAUAAAAAAAUAGGUAUGGCAAAUUUAGAAGCUGGUUAUCGAAUGACAAAUGGAAUUCGUCAAAUUCUAUGUGUGAUGACCCUUCUAGGGUAUCAUUUAAUCGUAAUGUUUGUGCUAAGCCAUCAAGAUGGCGAUCUACAAAUGUGCGAAGAAAUACUUAAAGAACAAUUAGCAAAAUAUCCAAAAGGUGUAUGGUUCCUAUUUUUUAAAGGUCGUUUAGAAUUCUUGAAGGGUAAUUUGGAUGAAGCAACCAAAUGGUAUGCACAAUCUUGGCAUUCCCAGAAUCACUGGACACAAUUUCAUCAUUUAUGUUUUUGGGAAUUGUUAUGGGUGUCUUGUUGUAAAUUGGAAUGGAAAGAGGCAAGCAAAUAUGCUGGUAUGCUUGUGGAACAAAGUCGAUGGUCCAAAACAAUUUACAGUUAUCAACGAGCGGCCAUUAUAUGUAUGUUUAAUGAUAAAACUGAAAAUGAUAAAGUUACCAUCAUCAACUUAUUAAAAGAUGUGCCAAAAUAUAAACAAAGAAUUGCUGGUAAAUCAUUACCAAUGGAAAAAUUUGCCGUGAAAAAAGCUGAACGUUACUUCGAACAAAAUAAUUCGUUAGUUCUUCCCGCAAUUGAAUUAAUGUUCUUAUGGAACUUCUUUAAAAUCUUCCGUAAAAAUUUCAAAAUGGCAAACGCUACUUAUAAGAUCAUUGAAAAAGAAAUCCAAAAUAUCAAUUCUUUGGAAAACAAAACAAAAUAUUAUGCUGACAAUCGAGCACUUUUGUUGUUGUUGAAAGGUGCUUGUCUUCGACAAAUGCGAGCACCUUUACAAGCUUUAGAAUGUUUAGAAGUGGUUGUGUCCUUACAAAAAGAAAUCAAAGAAGAUACGUAUAUUGUUCCCUAUGCAAUCGUCGAAAUUGGUAUGCUUGCCUUCGAAGAUGGUGAUUAUGAAAAGGCUAUGUUAGCUUUUGAUGAUGCCAGGAAAAAGUACACAAGUUACUCAUUAGAAUCAAGACUACAUUUUCGUAUUCAUACAGCGUGUACAGCUAUCAAAGAAAAAUCAACUUCAUCAAUUCAUUAAAGGAAAGAAAAUUCACAUGAAAAUAUAUUUGAUUAUAUCUAGUCAGGGAUUUUUACACGGUUUUCAUAUAAUCAAUUCAAAUUUUAAAAGUGAUAUUUAAAAUACAGGAAAAUUUAUUAAUGUUAGUGACAAACCAGAAAGAAAUACUUUUGAGGACAGUUUUCCGACAUCGAAAACUCAAACAAAUAAACCAUAAAAAAAAAUGUAUAAUUUUUUUUAAUUCAGACAGUUUCAACUAAUGUGAUUUGGCUAUUAAAAAUUUGUUCGUCGCCCCAAACCAAUUUUUGUUACGUUUCAGCAUCUCUAAUAAAGGCCAGUCUUUCAAAUUUUUUAUAAGUUACCAAAUUAACCCUCUAGUAAUACAGUUUUUUAUGGUCCACCCAUGUACAUUAUCACGUGAUACUCACUUAACCUACUUUUAAAUAGUUAAAAAAAUUUGUUUAGUUAGAAACUAUCCAUAAAAAGUUGCGCCAAAUUCGUCUUAUUUAACUGUCGCUCCCCCUCUGCAAUCCCCACAUUUUCCGCAAUUCCUCCUAACAAUUAUAAUUGGCAACGAACUACGGACAACACGGUUCCUUGAAGCCACGACACUUUGUCACGCUUCUUAACCCUCUCUUCCCUUGUUGGGGUGACGUAUUUUAUUAAUAAUCGAACCAAGAACAUAUAUAUAUACAUGAGGGCGUGAAACUCGAGUGGAGAGCGUAGCAGGAAAAAAACGCCUGUCUUGUUGCGUACUUUGUACUGCGUAUCAGUCUUUUUUUCUCUCGUUCGAGAGAAAGACAGCCAGAUAGGCAACGUAAAUUCAGCCACGGGCGCUUAUAGUUCGGCUUAAGAGGUUUCAUGUCCUUAUUAUAUAUGUUCUUAUUAUAUAAGACUUUAUUUUUAUUUCCGCUCCAGUUCCGCUCCACUCCGGGGGGAAGGAUGUAAUAAACUUAUGUAUACGGGUAUGGAAUUCAUAUAUGUAAUACUCCUAUAUUGUCCGCAAAGCGCGGGCAAAAAUAUCACAAUGCAGACGAUAUAUUUCUCUCAUUCGAUUGACGCAGGACCAUGACUGUUUCGCGCAUGCGUGACUUCAUGGCCAAUAGUAUUCGCGGCACGAUAUAAAAUAGCACACAGCUCUGUCUUGCUUGUUUCCGGCGGUCCCUCUAAUAGAGGAACAUAGGGCGCUGGCAAUAUAAGAGUAUUACAUAUAUGAAUUCAAAGUAUUUCAAUUAUGAGGACUGUAUAGUGUUGUCACCUUAAAUUUCCGGGAAGUCGGAUAAUAAGCCAAAUUAAUCAAAUGGAUGUUUUAUAUCCCCAGUUUUUCCAUUAUUAAUAACUAAAUAAAUAUCUUUCUAAUAAUAUUAAAAAAUAAGCUGCUUAGAACGGUCCAAUUUACCCGAAUAUGAAACAAAUAAUCAAAACAUAUCUAUAUUUAUUGAACUCUGAACGAUUUAUGUUGAUAUUUGGAGUCGGGAGAAACUACAUGGAACUGUACCGUUCCCACUACCAAAUACCAGAUGCCACAUCGGCACGAAUAUGAAACGGCUUUAUCAAAUUUACAAAACAAAAAUGAGAUCACAGUAUUUAUAGGUAAUACCAGCCAAAGAAGAAAAAAAAUUAAAUAUUCUUAAAAAUACUGUGAUCAAAUUCAUAUGUUAACAUACAGAUAAUACCAUAGAGCUACAAAGUCGUCGCCAAAAGGAAAGUCACAUGAGAAAGAGACAGAUAUAGUAGGCGCAUAUAGCUGUAGAGAGACAAAAACUUUGGCGAAAACGCAUUUCCGGACGGGGUGCCAAAAAUUAACUCGAAACACUCGAUAUUUGCAGUAAAGAUGUGUUUCCGAAUGUCUAACAAAUGCUUCGCGUUCUGGCAGUAUUUCCUGUGACAACAGCGACGAAUGCACGCUCCUCUUCAACAUUACGUCAUCUCAAAACAUACCUUAGAUCGACAAUAUCAGAAGAUCGGUUAAACGGCUAAGUCCUCACUCAAUAUACAUCGCGGUGUAGAGGUCAAUGCACACAGAGUUUUGGAAAAGUAAUUCUGUACUUCGCAAGAAUUAACCUACCGAACAAAAGUUUGAACCCCUUCCUUGAAUAAUUCCUGUGCUCGAGUCUGGGUUAUCUUAUAUGCCUACAAUUUCUAUAUCUUUCUACCUCUCUCACUUCAGUCAAGAAUUCACUUAUUACGUUUCCUAUGUCUGUAUAGUUCUAUGGUAUUAUCUCUAUGAAUAUUAUAUAUAAUUAUUUAAGCUACCAUAAAUAUAUUCAAUAUCAUCCGCCAUUUUGAAUCCAAUGUCAUAAAACUAUUUGUCUUCUUUAAGGAUUCGAUGAAAGAAAGAAGGCAUGUGCGCCCGCAGAAUUUUUUUUAAAGUGAUAUAUUUAUAAACUUCAAAUUUCAAGCGCUGAAAGUUUUAUAUUUAAAAAUUGGAAAUAAAAUGGCGACUGAUACCAUGUUAUCUUAACUUCAGUUGUGUAUUCUUGUAAAAAUCAAUCGAUAUUACUCAGAGCUAGAUAAUCGUAAUGUACAACUCAAGUUACGAUUAUUCACUGUUUAUUUAAAUCAAUUGGCUGAUUUUUCAGCUACAGCAUUUGUUUUGAUAGUAAAACCUCAUUAAAUCCCCCUAUUCACGCGUUUUCUGAACGUCUGACGCAUUUGAAUGAGGUUUUACUAUUUGUAUUUUUU